GAUUAUUAUCUACGACAGAUGUCAAGCCACAGGGUAUGUUUAAUUUUGAUAUGCAAAUCUUUCGCUUUCUCAGUCGGGAUCAAUGAAACAACAACAGUAUAAAGAGCGACCGUUCUUGAACUUUUAGAUCCAAAAUCAGCUGGAGAAGCCUUAACCAAAGACUCACUCAAAGCUUUCGCCUUUACGUUAUACAAUAUAAAGUUGACAAGAAAUGAAUAUUGACUAUUCUGAGCAUUUACAACUCGCCAAGCGGCAUUCUUUUCCGUAUAUGAAGGUAUAUACAUGGAACACACUUGGAGGAUCACAGAGUCAAGUCAAAGAAAUUCCUCUCAACAACGCGGCAGACUCAGUUCCUGCGAUUAAGUCUGACGGCACAAGCCAGGAACGUCAAGCUCGUUUAGAAGAAGCCAUGGUGUGGAUUCGAAAGGAGUUGGUACGUAUAUACGAAAUAAAAUUAAAAAUUGUCAGGAGAACCAAUAUUAAACAAUUGUUGUUCAGUCAUUCCUUUGUCUUGUUUUCAAUUUGAAAAUAUGAACGAAGACUUCAAACAAGACACGGCUUCAAAAGUGGGAAUUCCUGAAAUUAUCUUACUAAGAGAGGUUCGCUUAGAUUUUACUACUGUAGUAGGUAAUUGUUUGUGGUGAGGGCUUGUUUGGAUUACAUGAGAUCGUGAUAAUACAAUGGAUUUGCCGCUACAAGCGCCGCCAGGCAUGCGUGCCCUAUUAUUGUCUUUUUUUCCUGACUCAUGACGACUCACUUGCUACACUUUGAACUAGUUUAAUACACGUUUGCUUUUCAGUUUCUCGCUUUAUAUACCCAGGGGUAUUUUUUUAACAGAAGCAAAACUGAAAAGAAUUUAGACGAUUAUUGCGAAAUCAAUGGCCCGAGACGAUUUAUCUGAUCUUUUACAAGCACAUAAAAACAAAAACAAACGAAACCGAUCAACACUCAAUGUCAGCUUAUUCUAGCUGUCACGAUCAGCAACUAAAACCCGAUGAACAUAAGGCCGGGCAAAGAACAAGCAGAAUGGCUUAUUCAGCAAAACUCCACUCAACUGUUCGGUUAAGAAAGUAAUAACAUAGUAACUUCUGUACUAUUUCCGUAAUUAGCAACCAAACUAUUCGGCCUCUGACUUCAACGCCUAUUUAACGAAACUUUCAAAUAAAUGCAAAGAUAGCUAAGGAAGGCAAAGAGACACGUUUGAACGAAUCUCUGAAAAUACUGCAUCACCGAAAAUACUGGCUUGUCACAGAGCCUUUUGGCUUCGUUCCCUCCAAAAGAUAUAUCGCCUUACCAGCACUUUAUUCUAACACGUGUUUUACUAUUUACACUGCAGUCGGACAUGCGGCAUCAGGACAAGUUUCUUACAAGGCAGUUCAUUCAACUUAGGGCCACAAUCCAACGCAUUAAAAGAGAAAACAGUCUCCUGGAUGGUGGAAUGGACGACACACAACAACAAAAAGAACCGUCCUUUAGACACUCGGUACCAGGCCCUUCUCUUCGACCAACACUGGGCAGAAGUAUAUCUUAUAUGUAGAUUGAAUUAAUCAAAUAGUAUAUUGAAAAGUUUUAAAGGCAUUGCGCGAACAACUACAAACUUAUGUCUUUACCACUGGCCAGCCUUCUAAUCAUUAGUUGCUGGUCCCUUUUCGAUAGGAGAAAAAAGAAGUUUGAUUUUAAGAUUCUUGAAAAAGGAUUUGAGUUGAAAAUAUUUUGCGUUCACUGAAUAAAUUAGUUCAUGAAGCCUGAUCAUCAAUGCAGGAGAAAAGAGUAAUGACAUCAUUUCUUUUUAAGAAAUCAUAAUCAAUAAAAAGACGAGUAAGAAGCGAGACAUUUAAGACGAAAUUUAAGACAAGGCAAUUUAUAGAUUCAGAAUUUUAAUUAACAAUUUGAAAUAGAGACUAACUGUAGCGUCUUUGAGUUUAUCAUAAACAGUAUUUUUGUUUUCAUUCCAUUUUUAUUCGAUAUGGACUGGACUGAAUGAGCAUAAAAAGUAGGUGCUAACGGACAAACUCCAAUUCUUAGAGUCGCGAAUUUGCAGCAAAAUAUAAGGUACUUCCUUCACUGUACAAGAAAUACAAUUCGUC